AUGCCUGCCUUCUCCGCCUUCGAGCCGGCCAGCUCGGUGAGCAAAUCCAUUCAACUGCGUUCAGACAAUGUCUACGUGCAGCGUGCCGUUGAUGCCAUCGGCGUCCUGUUCCAGCGCACCGGGCUGGCCCUCCCUCUGCUAGCUCUCACCCUGCUCUUGCUUUCGAUCAAGUACCACAAUCGAGCCCUUUUUGCAAAACCCCCGCGAAAGGAGCUCGGCCAUCCGCCUGCAUGGCCUCUUAUCGGUCAUACGCUCCAGGCCAUACGCUACACCGACAGCGUCCUCGACUGGUUCCUCUUGCAGGCGCGUCAGCAUCCCAUUGGCUUCUCCAUCUCGAUUGCCGGCACGGGCACCGGGCAGAUGCAUGUCGUCCACCGACCCGAGUACAUCGAGUACGUCCAGAAGACCAACUUUGACAACUUCGAAAAGGGUCUCGAGUUCAAAUCGCGUUUCGCCGACUUGCUUGGUCAGAACGGCAUCUUCAACUCGGAUGGGCAUGUCUGGAAGGCGCAGCGCAAGAUGGCCUCGCACAUCUUCUCGGUCUACCAAUUCCGCACUUGGGUGCAAACCGUCGUGCACCGCGAGCUCGACAGCGUCAUUAGCAUUCUCGAUAGCCUCACCGAUGCAAAGUCGCACGCUAAUCCCGCCACUCUGUUGCUGCCGGACCUGUUUUUCCGAUACACGCUCUCUUCUUUCGGCAAGAUGGCACGGUGA